GAAUUGUGCCAAAAAAAAAUGUAGAAAUCGGCUGAUCAACACACGUGCGAAUUUGAUUUAAAAAAUUUUUGUUUUGUUUUUGUCCAAAAAAUGGCUAAAAAUCAGGCAAAAAAACGUUCAAAAAUUGAAAUGAAAAAAGCAGAAGAAUCACGUUUGAAAAAUGAAAUGAAUCCAUUCGAAAUACGACAUAAUAAAAUCAAACAUAAAGUAUUGGGACGUAAAAUCGCUAAAAAUGAAUUUGGCAAACCAUUAAUCAAUCGUAAUCGUGCCUAUAAAAAACGUGAACAAACAUUAUUGAAAGAAUAUAAAAAUACGAAUAAAGCUGGCCAUGGUCUUCGUGAUUUACGUGAACAAGAUGCAAAUGUACGAAUGAUUGAAAAAUAUCGUCAAGAACAGAAUCGUAUUGAUUUUAAUCAUAAUGAUAUUAUCGAAUUGACACAUAAAGGUCGACCAUUAGAUGAAAUGAUUGAUGAUCGUAUCGAUUCGGAUGAUGAACAUUUAGAUCUAUUUACUCGUGAUGAUUAUGUUGAAACCAGUCAUUUUGGUGGUGGUGAAUAUGGACCAUCGAAAAGUAAAAAAGAAAUUCUUGAUGAAAUUAUGGCCGAAAAAGCCAGAAUUAAACUUCAACAAGAAGAAACAAUUAAUUUAACCGAACAAUUAGAUAAUAAAUGGAAUGAAAUUCGUAAUCUUAUUCGUCAUAAAGGUAGUAAUCAAACAACGAUGGAUAAAAAAUCCGAUCGUAAUGAUUAUGAUACACUUUUACAACAAUUGGUAUUUGAUGAUAAAAAUCAGGUAAAAGAAUCUAGCCUUAGCAAAACAACCCAAUCAUCUACAUCAGCCGAUGAUCAAUCAACACCGGAUGGUCAAUUUCGAUCCAAACUUAAUUCGAUUGAAAAUCUGAAUGAUAUUGGUCAAAUACUUGAUACGAUUAAAAAAAUGAUUGAUCUUUUAAAAUCAAAAGUAACAAGAAAAUCAUUUAUACUUUUAAAAGAUCGACUUAUUGCUAUUGCUGAAAAACAAUUAAAAUUUACCCCAAAAGAAAUGGCCAUAUUAAUUGUUGGUGCAUAUUUCAAAGAACUACAAACAUUUAUUCAUCUAAUUAUUCUACGAACAUUGAACAAAAUUAAAUAUUCAAAUUUAAUGGAAAUUUCUUGUGCUAUAUUUUUGAAUAAUUUCCUGCUGAAAAGUCAAUCCAUCGAUAAAUUCUGCCCAGAAUUAUUUGUUCAUGUUGAUAAUUUAGUUCGUUUAUGUUUACCACAAUCAUCGACUAAAAUUAAACUUUUUCAUCGAUUAGAAUAUGAAAUUGAUUGCCAUUUAAAUGUAUCAAAAUUUAACGAUUCAGAAGUUGAAGAAAAUCUUCGUUAUAAAGUAUCAUUAACCAAUUUGUUUGAUGGAAUAUUCAAAUCAAAUGAUUCAUCUUUAGUUAAAUAUAAUCUUGCCAUACAAAUAUUCAGAUUAUUAUCAAAUCUUCGGGAAAAAUAUUCAUCAUCAUCCACAGGUUUUAUGUUAUCAUCGACAAUCAAAAUGAUUGAUGAAUCAAUUCGACCUGCUGUUGUAUCGAAACAAAUGAACCAAAUUCUUGAAGAAAUUUUCAAUAAAUUUGAAACUGCAGAAAAAUCAUCCAACAAAUCCGUUAUCAUCGUUAAUAAUAUUAAACCAAAACCAUUUAUUCUACCAUUAUUGGAACCAAAAUUUGAAGAUGAUCUUCGUCUGAAACCAAAAUAUCAAUGUGAAAGAAAAAAAUUAACAAAAAAAUAUAAACGUGAAUUUAAAGGUGCACAACGUGAAAUCAGAAAAGAUUCAAAAUUUUUACGUGAUACUUAUUUGAAAGAAGUUGAAAAGAAAGAUCGUAUACGAAAGAAUAAAGUAAAAGAAAUCUUAAAAGAUUUAUCCAUUCAACAAGGAUUGUAUAAAAAGAAAAAAUAAUUUUUUUUGUAAUAAAAUUUUUCAUUUUCAAAACAAUCGAUUGUAAUCGAUAGUCCUUCACCCAAUAGCUAUGAUCACAUGGC